GGACUCUGUGUGUGUGUAUCUGGCAGCAGCUUUUCAUCUGUGUUCACAGCUUCGUCAAAAGAGAGUGAAAGGAACAAAAUAAAUCACAACACAGAUUUUUUUAAUGGACCCUUAAAAGAGCCUGGAUUAUAUAUUGAAGCAUUUGGCGACAUCUUUCAGUCUUUGGAAGCCGGCGCGUCCUGUUGAAUUUGAUAUUUUGGUGCUACCAGAGUGGUCCAGAUGUUAAUCCACACCUAUUCGGCUAUGGACCGCGCAGACGGACUAAGCGGCUCUUCGCCGAGUGGGCGCCUCUCCCAGCUGUCCUCCCUGAACCAGGCUGCGUACUCCUCGGCUCCCCCGCUGUGCCACACUCCGGCCUCGGACUUCCAGCCUCCUUAUUUCCCUCCUCCGUACCCCCAGUCAUCCCUGCCAUACUCCCAGAGCCAGGACUCAGCCUAUUCCCACCUGUCAGACCCCUACCCCUCCAUCAACUCCAUCCAUCAGCAUCAGCAAGCCGCAUGGCACUCACAGAGGUCGCGCUCGGAAGAGGGGGGGCUCCUUUCACAAUCUCACCGGGCUCUGAGCCUCGACCCCCGGCGGGAGUAUCCAGCUGUCCCAAGGCUGCUCCACGGACUCGGGGAAGGGGCUGCCGCUCUCGGGGACGGUCCUCUUGGGAUGCACCUGGGACAUCACGGCCUAGAGGAUCUUCAGGGAAUGGAGGAAGGAUCAGCCUUGGGCAUCCUCGACCACUCUGUCAUUAAAAAAGUGUUUUCCUUCACAGUUCCCAUCCCGUCCAAGCUGAACGGCUCGUCUCUGUCGGCUUUAUCCAUCAGUAAGGAGGGUCUGGGGGUGGGAAGCGUAUCCAACCCGGCGGAGGUGUUCUGCUCAGUCCCGGGUCGCCUCUCUCUGCUCAGCUCCACCUCCAAAUACAAGGUGACGGUCGGGGAGGUGCAGCGACGCCUCUCCCCACCUGAGUGCCUCAACGCCUCGCUGCUGGGUGGAGUCCUCCGCAGGGCGAAGUCAAAGAAUGGUGGCCGCUGUCUGAGAGAGCGUCUGGAGAAGAUUGGCCUCAACCUGCCCGCCGGGCGACGCAAGGCAGCCAACGUCACUCUGCUAACAUCUCUAGUGGAGGGUGAGGCCGUCCAUCUGGCGCGAGAUUUUGGUUAUGUGUGUGAGACAGAGUUUCCAGCCAGAGCUACAGCUGAGUAUCUGUGCAGGCAGAGUGAGCCCGACCAGCUCCCCACACGACGUAGCAUGUUGCUCGCCACCAAGGAGAUCUGUAAGGAGUUUGUGGACCUGAUGUCCCAGGACCGCUCUCCGCUGGGUGGGAGUCGACCCACCCCCUGCCUGGAGCCCGGGGUCCAGGGAAGCCUCACCCACUUCAGUUUGCUCACCCAUGGCUUUGGCACACCGGCCAUCUGCGCAGCACUGUCGGCCUUCCAGAGCUACCUGAUGGAGGCCAUCAAAAUGCUGGACAAAGGAGAAGGAGGAGGCAAGAGCCACCACGACAAAGAGAUGAAGCACCGCAAAUAGAGGGAGAUGAGUGGACGGAUGAGUGCAUGGACGGACGGACGAGCGGCAGAAAGGCAGAGAGAGGAGGGGAAAGACUGAUUCAAGCCCCUCUGUGUUUUUACCUUCUCCCUCAGGACAAAGACUUUUACUUCCCAGAAACCUCUGCGGCCCGUCUCCUUGAGGAGGCGGGGUUUAGGAUGAUAUCUGUACUGUAAUGUGUGUUCACAACCACCUCGCUCAAAACGACGCAUGGACCUCUCUUCUAAGUAGCUGGUUUGUGUCAUGAUGGCGUCUACAAAACCUUCAGGAUGAGUUUCCUACAUAUGUUUUUAUUUAUUUUCUUGUCCUCUAUUUUUUUAACAUGCCUCUUUUAUCUGUGAUCUUAGAGCCCCUGACUUCAUCACACACAUUUUAACACUCACAAACGCACACACACACACACGGACAUCUGAACUCAUCUGGGAAGCCUCAGAAGCCAUAUCUGAAACACCGACCUGCUCUUUGCUCCUCUGGAACUCUGGGAGACUUAUAAGUCCACCUGAUUGGACGAGCACAGCUUCCAUUUGUAGUUCUUCUUAGUGGGUGGUCAUGGGAAAAUGAGUUCUAUCGGUUGCCAGUGGGGGGUGGGGUCUGGAUUGGGGAAAAGAGGAGUAAAAGGCAGCUAAAGGAGAUUUGUUUUCUCUUAUUUUGAAGUACGUGUUGGUAACUUAAGGAAAUUACACAAAUCAUUUUGUACUUUCAGUGUAUGUUUAUUAUUAAUGUUAUUACUGUUGUUAUUAUUAUUAUUAUUGUAUUACUUCAUAAAUGUAAUAUAUUAUUAAAGAGUUAAGAACUGAUCGGUUCACUUUCAUGAGUGUGUUUUAUGAUUUGAUCUUAUAUUAAAAUAAUAAAAAGUAAUGGCACCUUCAGGCCCUUUUGUCCACUUCAAAAUUACUUUCAAAAUGCAAAGAGGAUACAUUCCAGCUUUUUAUUUGCUUUUAUUGUGCUGCUAUUGUGAACCCUCUUUCUCUCUGUCACAUUAAUUACAUUUUUAUUGACCCCUAUAGGCAGAGUCUACUGUUGUCGCUUCAACAGGAAGGUCAUGGCCAGGGAUUCAGCCAACACUUGUUUUCAGUAUUGAUUCAUCUGUUGAUUGCUUUUUGUUUUUGAUAAACCAGUUAAUUACUUCAUAUCUAA